AUGAGUGGCAUGCCUGCUUCAAGGACCAGGAAGAAAUGCUCCGUCUCUAAAAUGGGCAAAACCCCUAAACCAAACCAGGGUCUGGAAGCAAUGGGACAGCUCCAUGAAGAAGAAGAAGAAGGCGCCUGUGACGUUCUUGAUGUUGUUCGGAGCUCUAUCCGCAGAACUUGCCUAGCCUCCCUCUUCUGCAUCUUGAUGAUGGGAAGGAAUGCUUGCAGCAGCAGCAAUCCUUUAGAGUUAGAUUCACGCCUUUCUUUGUUCCUGGAGGAUACGAACACGUCAAGCUGGGCCAAAUGAUCAAGCCGGACCGAUUGGCAGCCAGUGAGAGAGGGAGAAAACCUCGAUACCCGAUCGGUUCGUGCAUAAUCCGUCGAGGCUGAACAAAUGGUCACCCACCACCUUCCAGGACAGACCGGGGACAAUGGUGGUCUAACCGCUUUCCGCAAUUCUCGUCUACCCGAACAGAGCAAGUGGACUGGGAAGCGCGAGGACCGAAAUUAA